CAGCAGCAGCAGCAGCAGCAGCAGCAGCAGCAGCAUCUCUCCAGCAGAGCAGGGUCCAAGUCACAGGCAGUUUGUUCAAAGCCGAGCAAGAAACAACAAGAGUUUAUUUUAAACAGGAAUAAAAAAUAAAAGCGGAGGAGAGACGGAAACAAGCAGAGAGCAGCGGGAUUCACUGGCCCAGUAAGGGACACCGUCGGUUCCGCCUCCCAGGAUGUGUGGUGUGGAUGUGGACCUGGAUGAUGGCGGCUCAGCGGACGAGGAGAAGGAGGAGGAGUUCUGGGUGGGGGACGCGGUGAAGAUGCUGCCCCCCCCGGUGGCGCACAGCGACGGCAGCGCGUGGGGCGGCCGCAGGGGAGCGUGCGGCUCGGCGGCCUGCGGGGCGGUUCUGGUCCUCUGGAACCUGAGCGUGGUGUCGGCCGGCGCUCUGCUGCUGGCGCUGGUCUUCUCUGUGGUGCUUCUGCCUGCAGCGCUGCUGCUGUACGCCGGCUUCCUGUGCCACUCCAGAGUCCUCGACGCCCCGGCAGCUAUCUGCCGCUACCUCGACGACAACAGCUGCUCCGCCCUCAUCAUCCUGGGCUUCGUGAUGAUGUCGCCCCUCGUAGUUUUGGCGGCGGCGGUUUUCUGCGGGCUGCUGAGGAAGUUCCGGCUCCUUCUUUUCCUCCAGCCGCUCUCCAGGGCUCGGUACCGAGGGAGGCUGCUGGACUGGGUGGGAAGAGUCCAGGCCUGGGUGUGAGGGGCGAGGCUCAGGGUUGGUGUGCGGAGAGUGAGGAGUUGAAUGGUAAAAAGAGUGAGAGAGGACAAUAAAACAUGUCAAAAGUACUCAAAAGAAAAUUCAAAUAUAAACCUAUAAAUAAAUAAAUAAAUCCUGUUAUAUUCGUUAUUUACAAAUUAAGCAAAGUCCAUUAUCAGUGAUGCCUUGCAGUUCCUGUUGAGUCUGCAGCAACACAAACUACUAGUUAAAUCAUUUUGUUAUUCAAACUCAACGGUUUCCAUUCUGCUGAUCACCUCCCACCAUCAUCUGUUAGUUUUCUGAACUUUACAUCAGGUCCUCUGGUUUUCAUGUUUUCUCGGUGCUUCAGUUUAUUCAGUUCUUCUUCUACUCUUUCACACUUUUGACUAAUGAGACUCUCUUGCUUGGCUGUAGCUUUCAGAGUAAGUUUAAAAUCGUUUAAAUUCAGACAAGUCCAACCUGCUGUCUUCUUUUCUACACAACAACAACAUGUAGCAGAAAGAAUUGUGUUUAUGUUCAUAGACUUCCAGGAUGCUAUUGAUUAUUUAUGCUAGGUCAGACAGCGCUUCUGGCUAAAUUAAUUUUGUACCUAUAUGACAUAUUACUCUAUUCAUUCACUAGAAAAGCCCUUUUUCAUCCUGCUGUCUAAAAAAUUGCAUAAUGUUUGUAUAUUUAUAUACAUGUUUUAAAUUAAGUUAAUUGAUUGUGUGAUUUAUUAGAAAACAGGAUUAUUUCUGAGUUUCCUGCAGCAGCUCCUACACAAAUAUCAAAAUAAACGUGCU